AUGGCACCCGAAACCAAAAACGACUUUCUCGAUACAGCCGAUAGCGACGAGGAGAACGAUGUUGGCUACAAUUCUGAGGAUGAUGAUAUGAAAAAGGGUGGCCGAGGCGCCAAGCGACGGAAACUUGACUCGGACGACGAAGAUGAUCUGGGUAGCGAUAUCGAGCGCGAUGCCAGCGACGACGAGGACGAUCCGGCUGGAAAGGAUGUAGAGAAAAUAGAAAAGGAAGAGGAGGGGGAUGACAAACCGGAAAAGCCAAAGCGCAAGUUAAAAGACACAACUCCGACAGAGCUGCCCGAUGUCACAAGGACAUUGACAAAGAAGAACCUCGUCGCCUCCGAAGCCGCCAUCAAGAAGUCAGGCGUCGUCUACCUCUCCCGUAUACCACCUUUCAUGAAGCCCGCCAAGCUGCGCUCUCUCCUCGAACCCUACGGCACCAUCAAUCGCAUCUUCCUCGCCCCUGAAGACCCAGCCUCACAUGCUCGUCGCGUUCGCGCUGGAGGUAACAAGAAGCGAUCUUACACCGAAGGAUGGGUCGAGUUCACAAAAAAGAAGGACGCCAAGGCUGUAUGCGAUCUUCUCAACGCACGCACCAUUGGUGGCAAGAAGGGGAGCUACUACCACGACGAUUUAUGGAAUCUUCUAUACCUCAAGGGUUUCAAAUGGCACAACCUCACAGAACAGAUCGCUGCUGAGAACGCUGAGCGCGCUAGCCGCAUGAGAGCCGAGAUCAGCAAGUCGACAAAGGAGAACAAGGAGUUUGUCAGGAACGUGGAGAAGGCAAAGAUGCUGGACGGUAUGGAAGCCAAGGCAAAGGCCAAGAAGAGGAAGGCAGAUGGCGAUGGCGAUCGAGAGGGAGAGGACUCGGUGCGACAAGUCAAGAGAUCGUUCAAGCAAGUUCCUCUGGCGAAGAAGAAGACGGAAGUGGAAGACCAACCAGCCGAGGUGACGAGGGUACUGAGCAAGAUUUUCUGA